AUGCAACAGGCUGUAGAACGAGCUUUGGACCGUGCGGACUAUGUCAUCGCAAGUGCCCAGCAGAGGCCUCCUAAAAGGAAACGCUCGUCGAGUGGGGAAGCAUCUCUCUAUGAAAAACUUUAUGACAUGUAUGUGGAAGAAUGUGGGAAAGAGCCUGAGGCUCCGGAGGAGCUAAGAAGCAACGUGAACUUGCUAGAGAAGCUCGUCAGGAGAGAGUCGUUGCCCUGUUUGGUGGUCAACCUACACCCGGGAGAGGGGGGAUAUUCGCUGAUGCUCGAGGGGAAACAUGGGGCGUGUUCGGAGACCAUUCGGCUGCCUUAUGAAGAAGGGGAAUUGCUGGAAUACCUGGAUGCUGAGGAGUUACCCCCUGGUCUGCUGGCCCUCCUGGAAAAAUUUCAGGUUAACAUUUUCCACUCUGGGUGUGUCAUAGCACAGGUGCGGGACUACAGGCAGUGCUGUGGUGGGGAACCUCCCGGCUACCAGAGCAGGCAUAUUCUCCUGCGCCCGACCAUGCAGACGUUAGCCUGCGACGUGCAGUCCAUAAGCAGCGAUGGCCAGGAAUGGACCCAGGAGGACAAACUGCUGCUUGAGAGCCAACUGAUCUUGGCUACUGCGGAACCCCUGUGUCUCGAUCCUUCCGUAUCAGUAGCCUGCACGGCAAACAGGCUGCUCUAUAACAAGCAAAAGAUGAACACUCGCCCGAUGCAAAGGAGCUUCAAGAGGUAUUCUGCACCCUCUCUGAGUCGGCAGCGGCAGCUGUCCGGUUGCCCACCUCCUCCUGAGCUAAAAGUAUUGACUUCUUGCAAAAAAAGCAAAGAAAGUAAAACAAGUGAGAAUUCUGACUUCAUAAUUUCUAAAGCAGAAAAUUAUGUAGAUGUGUGGAAACAGAGACCCUGUGACUUGGCUGUACCUUCUGAAGUGGAUGUGCAGAAAUAUGCUAAAUGGGAGAAGUUUGUCAAAUAUGAUGACUCACAACCAACAGUCUGGCCAGCCCAUGAGGUAAAAGAUGAUUCUGUAUUUGGAUAUGAAGGUGGUGAUGAGUCUCAGACAACAAAGCUGACCUUCAUGCAGUCGCUUAAUGAUCCACUUAUCUCUGGAAAAAGAAGGCGACGUAAAAAAGUAAGAUAUGAGAGACAGAUGUCUCCUCCUCUGCACCCCUCCACAGAUGACCAUUCAGAUAGUGUCCUGCCGGGGUCAAAGACUGAUGCUGGGGUAGUAGUCACUGAGUCAGAAGUGGUGGUCCUGCAGAAGACCAAAUAUCUGGUCACCACGUCACAAAGUUCCAGCGACUCAGCCAGCCUCGGCCAGCUUCCUCCAGGGAAAGAAACUGAACAGCCUAAAAUUGUGUCUGUUCAGUCUUCAGUCCUGGGGAAGGGAGUCAGACAUCCAUCUCCAACCAUCAAACUUCCCUCGAGCUCAGAAAAGACUUCAUCAGGAAACAGUUUUACUCCAUGGCAAGGAAGCAGCUUUCUUAAAUCUCCAUCUCCUGUUCUUGCUUCUAACCCACCAAGUCUUUCUCAGAAAUCCACUGUGGACGUGAAUCCAGUUAGCCCAUUUCCUGCAGCCACCAUGUCCACUACCAGCUCAUCACAAAGAAUCCUGGCCACCCAGGUCACAAUCAACUCCCAGAAAUCCUCUGUGGAAGUGAAUCGAGUUAGCACACUUCCUGCAGCCACUGUGUCCACCACCAGCUCAACCCAAAGAACCCUGGCCACCCCAGUCAUGGCCAACUCCCAGAAAUCCUCUGCGGAACUGAUUCAAAUUAGCACGCUUCCUGCAGCUACCCUGUCAACUACCAGCUCAUCACAAAGAACCCUGGCCACCCAGGUCAUGGCCAGCUCCCAGAAAUCCUCUGUGGAAGUGAUUCAAAUUAGCACGCUUCCUGCAGCCACCCUGUCAACUAUCAGUGCAUCACAAAGAGCCCUGGCCGCCCCGGUCAUGGCCAACUCCCAGAAACCCUCUGUGGAAGUGAAUCGAGUUAGCACACUUCCUGCAGCCACUGUGUCCACCACCAGCUCAUCACAAAGAAUCCUGGCCACCCCUGUCAUGAACAACUCCCAGAAAUCCUCUGCGGAAGUCAUACGAGUUAGCACACUUCUUCCAGCCACUGUGUCUACCACCAGCUCAACCAAAAGAACCCUGGCCACCCAGGUCAUGGCCAACUCCCAGAAAUCCUCUGCGGAACUGAUUCAAAUUAGCACGCUUCCUGCAGCUACCCUGUCAACUACCAGCUCAUCACAAAGAACCCUGGCCACCCAGGUCAUGGCCAACUCCCAGAAAUCCUCUGUGGAAGUGAUUCAAAUUAGCACGCUUCCUGCAGCCACCCUGUCAACUACCAGUGCAUCACAAAGAGCCCUGGCCGCCCCGGUCAUGGCCAACUCCCAGAAACCCUCUGUGGAAGUGAAUCGAGUUAGCACACUUCCUGCAGCCACUGUGUCCACCACCAGCUCAUCACAAAGAAUCCUGGCCACCCCUGUCACGACCAACUCCCAGAAACCCUCUAUGGAAGUGAUUCGAGUUAGAAUGCUUCCUCCAGCUGUUUUGUCCACUACCAGCUCAUCACAAAGAACCUUAGCCACCCAGGUCAUGGCCAACUCUCAGAAAUCCUCUGUGGAAGUGAAUCGGGCUAGCAUCCUUCCUGCAGCCACUGUGUUCACUACCAACUCAUUGCAAAGAACCCUGGCCACCCCAGUCACAACCAACUUCCAGAAACCCUCUAUGGAAGUGAUUCAAGUUAGCAUGCUUCCUCCAGCCACUUUGUCCACUAUCAGCUCAUCACAAAGAGUCCUGGCCACCCCGGUCAUGGCCAACUCCCAGAAAUCCUCUGCGGAAGUGAAUCAGGCUAGCAUCCUUCCUGCAGCCACUGUGUCCACUACCAGCUCAUUACAAAGAAGCCUGGCCACCCCGGUCAUGGCUCAUUCCCAGAAAUCCUCUGCGGAAGUAAUUCAAGUUAGCAUGCUUCCUGCAGCCACCCUGUCAAAUACCAGCUCAUCACAAAGAACCCUGGCCAUCCCAGUCAUGGCCAGCUCCCAGAAAUCCUCUGUGGAAGUGAAUCAAAUUAGCAUGCUUCCUCCAGCCACCCUCUCAACUACCAGCUCAUCACAAAGAACUCUGGCCACCCGGGUCAUGGCCAACUCCCAGAAAUCCUCUGCAGAAGUGAUUCAAGUUAGCGUGCUUCCUCCAAUCACUCUGUCCACUACCAGCUCAUCACAAAGAACCCUGGCCACCCGGGUCAUGGCCCCUUCCCAGAAAUCCUCUGUAAAAGUGAAUCGAGUUAACAUUCUUCCUGCAGCCUCCCUGUCCACCACCAGCUCAUCACAGAGAAGCCUGGCCACCCCAGUGAUGGCCAACUCUGCGGGCCACAACAUCAUCAAAGUGGUGGGCCCUGGAUGUGGAACCCAGGCUUUGGGGAGAGGUCCCAGUCCCAGGAAGGGCUCUACCUCUGGGACCAUAGCUCCUGCAGGAAUCAAGCCCAGCACCCUACCCUCAAGAGCUCAGCCACCAAAUGCAGUGCCUGAUGCACCGCCGAUUCCUUCUCAAGUAGGUGUUCAAUUUAUUUUAAAUAAUGCCUCCAGUAUCAGUCCAGUAACUCUACUGGGGCUUCCACAAGGUUCGCUCCUUUUGAACACCCCACAGCAGCCUCAGCAGCAGUGGCUCUAUCAGUUGAUUCCCCAACCACAACUCCAACAACCCACAACUACUAGUCAACAGCCCACAAGUACUGGUCCUCAGGAGCCAGUGCCACAGGGUUCAAGUGCACGAGGUUCAACCAGUCAGAGAACAGUGUCAUCUGCUCAGCAAGCCAUUGUCCUUAACCUCCCUGGAGCAGGAAGUUUGCCGCAGCCCCAGGCGGUGCUGUUGGCUCCGCUUGGCUCUGCCGAGAGCCAGAGAAGACCCCGGCAGAUCAGCCCUCGCCCUGCGCACCCACUGCUGCCGGUCCCUGCCUCGCGGCCGCCGGCCCCACCACAGGCACAGCCCUUGAGAACCUGGCAGGGCCCCGUGGCUGUCAUGACAGUGGCCGCGCAGACAGCUGGGCCGCCUCGGGGCCAGCAGGCCGCGAGCCAGUCCAGAGGUAAAAUCAGGAAAGGUACAUCAACUACUCCAAAAUCCUAG